AUGGAGUUAACUUCCCCAUUCUCCAAGACGUGGGACAGCUCGCCGCUCGCAUCUGGAGACAAAAUCGAGUACGAGUACAUACCUUUUGAUGACAGACUUGAGAACAUUCAGCUGUACAACCCGGGCGGACACCAUCCCGUCCAUCUCGACGACAUCAUCGACGUGCGGUUCAGGGUGGUCCACAAGCUUGGAAAUGGCGGGUGCGGGAUCGUCUGGCUCUGCCGCGAUAUAACCCUCGGCAAAUGGAGGGCGGUCAAGAUACUGACAGCUGAUUAUUCAUCGCGAGGCAAUGAGCAGAGGAUGAUCGACCACCUCCGUGCCCGGUGCACCCCCGAGGAACUCGAGCAAAACCACAUCGCGAUGCCCCUGGACCAAUUCUGGCUCGACGGCCCCAACGGCCGUCACUUAUGCCUGGUGAUGCCGAUACUGGGGUCGACGGUCUCGGAAUGGCGCGAGUGGCAGGACGACCUCAAGGAGCAGACCACCACAGACACCAGAAACGUAUGCCGGCAGAUCAUCAAAGCCUCGAGCUUCAUGCGGUCCCGUGGGAUAUGCCAUGGAGACUUCAGACCGGGUAAUAUCCUGAUGAAGAUCGAGGGUGAUCUCGAUCAUCUGAACGACGACCAGAUCUAUGAGCUGAUGGGAGAACCUCAAUGUUACACGAUUAAUACCGAGUCCGGAGAACCGGCCGGUCUCAGAGCGCCUGAGUAUAGUGUAGCACCUGUGGUGACGUCCUGGUGCGAGGAUAUGUCUGCAGCUUCGAUAGCGGUUGUGGAUUUUGGCGAGGCGUUCCUGGUCGAUAGACCCCCGAAGUCGACGGGCAUUCCGGAUGCGUACGCGGCCCCGGAACUGAUCUUUGACAGAGCUGGUGUGUCGAUUGAGAACUGCGACAUCUGGUCCCUGGCAUGCACGAUAUACGAGGUCCGGACGGGUUCCCCCCUAUUCGACCCGAUAUUGGCCAGCGGAGGCUGCGCAGUGAUGAAGGAGGUCGAGAUUUACAUAGGCAUGCUCCCUCGAGCAUACGCGACGGCGCUCGCAGAGAUGAUGACCGAGAUCAGGGGGAGAUCGAAGCGAGAUGCGGACGGGCCGAAGCCCCAGCCCCCUCAGCGGGAGCGCCCUCGCAAAGAGGAUCUCCAGCCAGAGAACACGAUAUCGGAGAAGGUCCAGCGGGCGAGAGAACGGCUGGUGCAGGGGACGGAAUACUCCGACCCGUUCGAGGCGGAUCUGGGGAGAGACAAGAUCUACUGGGGCGCAAAUGGGCCCGAAGACGAAGAACCUCUCCAGUAUCGCUACUCCCGAGAGGAAGUGCUCGAAUUCGCGGAUCUGCUCCGGAGGAUGUUAAGAUACGACCCGGACGACCGCAUCAAAUUCGACGAGAUCCUUGCCCAUCCCUGGAUAUGGUGCCGGGAGUAG